CGUAUGUACCCGUCUAAUUGAUGAUAAAGAUAUAAUUAAACUUCAAUGAUAAAUCAUUCAACUUACUUUCUUUUUCUUCCCUUUCUCCCUCAUCUGUUCUUGAUCACCUCAAAUUUGAUUUCUUAAUUUGUUAAUUUGAGCAUAGGAGAAAUUGUAUAACACUAUGAAUCCUGAAUAUGAUUAUCUCUUCAAGCUCUUGCUAAUUGGCGACUCUGGAGUGGGUAAAUCUUGCCUGUUACUCAGAUUUGCUGACGAUUCAUAUGUGGAUAGCUACAUAAGCACCAUAGGAGUUGACUUUAAAAUCAGAACAGUGGAACAAGAUGGGAAGACUAUAAAACUUCAGAUUUGGGAUACUGCAGGGCAAGAACGUUUCAGAACCAUUACUAGUAGCUACUACCGCGGUGCACAUGGAAUUAUUGUUGUAUAUGACAUUACGGACCAAGAAAGCUUCAACAAUGUAAAGCAGUGGCUGAGUGAAAUUGAUCGUUAUGCUAGUAAUAAUGUUAACAAGCUCUUAGUCGGAAACAAAAGUGACUUGACAGCAACUCGAGCAGUUGCUUAUGAAACUGCCAAGGCAUACGCCGAUGAAAUUGGCAUCCCCUUCCUGGAAACCAGUGCUAAAGAUGCUACUAAUGUCGAGCAGGCAUUUCUAACCAUGACAACAGAUAUAAAGAAUCGAAUGCCUAGUCAACCAGGAACUGGUGCCGAUAAGCCGUCCACUGUGCAAAUUAGUGGACAACCACUUAACCAAAGCUCAAGCUGCUGCUCUUAAUUGGCUUUUACUGGGCAUCGUAAGAUCCUUGCAGUCAGCAUAAUCAAAGGCAGUGGUCAAUCAACAGUCACUAAUCAUUUGUACAUAGACAAAAAUCGAAUUUAAGAACUAUCUUUGAUUCUAAGUACGAUCCAACAUAAAACAAAAACAUUUGUGCCAUAGGAAACACCAUCUUCAUUGUAUAAAUGUACUACUAGUCUGUUAUUAAGUUGGUAUAAUUGGUAGUGAUUUACCAAAAAUAAUCUCAAUUUAGUAGGUUUAAUACCCAAAUCGUCA